AAAGAUGAAUGUAAAUGCGCAUUAAGAUUUCCUCAGGCUGAAUGCUUUCAGCCAUCCAGCCAGCCAAAGACAGUUUAGAUUUUCUCGUCGUGCUGUGUGCACAGCUUGCAGUUAGUGCGCCAAAAUCGGGUUGUUCCUGCUGUUGUGGUCCAUGCGGCCCACAUUCGAAGAAACGUCUGCAUCACGCCCAUGGCGAAUCAGAAUUUAUCCAAAUUAGCGGUGUGUUCCCCAUCACAGGGCCAGGCGGACGCCUUGCAAACGACUGUGUCAAAGAAUUGGCCCAACUUUCAUAG